AUGGCAAAAAUUGGCCAGCGUGGUAAACCAUUGAAGAGCAGAUGUUGCGGGUCUUGGUUGUUGUUGUUUUGUACAAACCGGUUUUGUGUUGCUGCUACUUUUCGUCUCGUUCUUCCAGUCGCUGCAGAGCUGUCUGGAUGGUGCACGCAGGAAGACCUUUGCGCCGAUGCGCUUCAUUACACAUCCAUAAUGCGCAAGCAGACCGCAGCGUCAGCGUCAGCGAGCAAACCUGCAACCAAGCGCCGCUCGAAACUGGCAAAAGAGAACGACAUCACUGCGGAGGAGGAGGCCGAGAUCCAGGAGGCUUACAACAUCUUCCGCGUAUACCCCGAGGAAAUCGAGUCCAAAGACGGCGCGAUACCGACCGCAGACGUGCGCCGCUGCUUGAUCGCGCUGAAUGCGCCGCCGAGAGAUAAUGCGGAACUGAGCGAGCUGAUCGAGACGGUGGACCCGGACGACUCUGGCUGGGUGGACUACGAGCGCUUCGUCGCCAUCGCGGCGCUGAAACUGCACGCGCGAAAUGAGGAUCCGGAAGCGCUGAACGAGGAGAUCCAGAGGGCUUAUGCGCUGUUCACCAAGGGACAGGACCGUGAGAUCAGCAUCAACGACCUGCGGCGCGUUGCGAAAGAGCUGCGCGAGGACAUCCCCGAGAAUGUGCUGAAGGAUAUGAUCAGGGAGGCUACGGGCGGUGGACUGGGUGGCGUCAACAUUGAAGACUUCGAGGGCGUGAUGAAUCGGGCUGGGGUCUUUGGCGCGGGCGCAAGAGCGGAUUAUACCCCUCUGUAUAACAUGACUGCCAGUGCAUUGGAGGCCUAUCGAGUGCGGCUGGCGAGUAGUACUGCCACGACAUGGGCGAUGCAGCGACGUGUCCAAGCUGCGAACGCCGCUCUCCCUCUCUCACUUCCGGCGAAAAAGGUUGAGCAUCGGUGUCCUCGUGUCCUCGAUCUCCGUCACGCUGCUACCACCAUGCCCAGCAACACGUCGCCGCCAGGAAGAAACGCACCCCAGAUACCACAAAACAACGGGUCAGCAAGACAGCCAGCGAGGAGCGCGGAUUGGUUACUCGUGCGAUCUGCAAUGUUCCCGAGGUGGGAGUUCCCUCCCGUGUUGGCGUAA